AUGGUACUGCCGAUACUCAUGCCCACGGCCACACAAGCGAUGGGCACGGUCAUGCUGGCAGCCACGAUGAGGGUCAUGGACAUGGUCAUGGUGGAGUACAGGGCGCUGUCCACCAAGUCCAGCAUCGUGCGGCUGAGAAGUCGGCGUUCAAAUUCCUCGAGGCAGUUGCAGAGCGUCUCACGAGUAAGCAGUAAGGUCUUAAGCUCCGCGGCAGAGAAGGCUGGAGAACGCAUUGGGGAACGCGCUGGAGAACGCCUAGUAGAGCGCUUGGCGGAACGCGCCGGUGAGCGCCUCACAGAGCGUGUUGGUGAACGAGUCCUCGAGCGCGCUGGAGAGCGCGUAGCGGAACGAGCUGGCGAGCGGCUGGCUGAGCGCAUGGGGGAGCGUGUUGCAGAGCGCAUGGGCGAGAGGAUUGCAGAACGUGCUGCGGAGCGGGCUGGCGAACGGCUCGCGGAACGGGCCGGUGAACGCCUGGCGGAGAGAGUUGGAGAGAGAAUGGCGGAACGGGCCGCAGAGCGGGCUGGUGAACGACUUGCAGAACGAGCUGGAGAGCGGCUAGCGGAGAGGGUGGCGGAGAGAGCUGGAGAACGUAUGGCAGAGCGGCUAGGCGAGCAGGCCCUGACGAAGAGUGGCACCCGCGUUGGCGCCCAUGCUGCGGAGGCUCUCGCUGGGCGCAUCUUGGAGCCCACGACAGCAGCCACGCGCGCCGCCGAGCACAGCGCCAGCGCGGCAGCGGCGCACGGCGCUGGUGCAGCUGUGGCACACGGCGCCGGCUCCCGCGGCGGAUUGUCGAUGCUGGACGCAGCCAUCCAGAAGCUGCUGGGCAGCCGUCUGGGUCGGCGGUUCCUGACCCCGCAGCUGCUGGCUCGUGUGGGCCGGGGAGCCAUGGUGGCGCUUCCCGCCAUUGGAGCGCUCUUCGUGGCGCACCUAGCGCAUCAGGACUACGAGCGCAUGGUUGAGGAACGCGCCAACGGCCACCUGGCGGCCUUCUUGGGCUUCUUGGUGGCCUUCACUUUUGAUGUGCUAGAUGUCCUGGCGCACAUCGUAGUGGUGGUGGGCCUGAUGCACCAGCACUUUCAGGUGGGUCUUCAUGUGCCCCACAGCGUCCUCCAUAAUGUAGAAGGCGCCGGCAUUGCCAUCGCCGUCAUCUCGACCGUCGCGGCGGCAGCCGCAGAGAUCAUGGCCAUGCGACGCGGCCUGGCCAUUGCCAAUGCUGCCGCUGCUGCCGCCGCGGCGGCGGCGGGUACCGCUGCGCCAGGUACCGUCAAUGGCGUUCCUCACGCUACUGCCACAGCCAAAGCUAGCGCGGCAUCAGAUGCGGCUGCGCCGCCAGUACCCCCAAACAUUGAUGCCAUCCGGCGUCAUGUUCACGCAAGCGCCGCGGCGGCGGAGGGCGCGGCUACGGCACCGUCCACUCCAGUGAAUGUGACCCAUGGGUAUGUUGGUACAGUUGCUGGAAAGAGCGGCUCGGCGUCGUCCGUAGCGGUCUUGGGUGUCUUAUCAGCCGGUUGGCACGAAAACGGACGGCAACAACCGCACCAGGCGCUUAACGGCGCGAACCCCGCUGCUGCCCUACAGCAAGUGGUUGCGGACGAGCGUACGGUUGCUGCCGCGAAGGCGGCGGAUGUCGAGUCGGACAUCCGGGCUUCGCCCGGUCGGCCUGACAUCGUAGCUGCGGCUGGCGACACGGCAAUGGAGGCCGCGGCUGCGGCAGUAGCGGCCGCGACUGCGGCGGAGUUGGCGGCGGACGUGAUGGCGUUGGGUGCCAGCGGCAGGGCGUCCACGGCUGCCAGUGCAGCCGAUUGCGUCAACCCCUCGGCUCGGGUCAUGUCCAGCACAUGGCACGGCGGCGCUGCUGACAAGUUGUUGACCGGUAAAAGGACCAGCGCCCGCCUCAGACGCAACAACGGCAAGGACAAUGACAACACCGAUUUGUGA